AUGUGGCGAGACCGCACGAAUCUCUACAUUUCCUAUCGGCAGUCGUACGCGCACCAUCCGACAAAACGGACAAAGUACAGCGGUAGCGCGGCCGGUGGGAACGGCUUCGGCGAUGUCUUCCCGGGGAACAGCAGCUAUGCUAGCGGCAACGACGACACGCGCGGUCUCCUCUCGGCUGGUGCCUUCGAAGACGAUGGCGACGCCGUGAUAGAGAUGGACCUCUUACCCCCGCGCUGGGCCGACAUAUCCGACGAGAUCACUGAUCUGCUCGCCGACAUAGCCACCAGGAGCCAGGCCCUCGAGCGCCUGCACCAGAAACACGUAUUGCCAGGAUUCAACGACGAGGAUGCCAAGAAGGCCGAGGAGAGGGAGAUUGAGACGCUCACGCAGCAGAUCACAAAAGGGUUCCACGACUGCCAUCGUUGCAUCCAGCGGGUCGAGCAGAUGGUGAGGGACUCGAAGCAUUCUGGGACGAUAACCAGUGCAGAGGAGACGAUGGCGAAGAAUAUUCAGAUAUCACUAGCUUCUCGGGUGCAGGAGGCUAGCGCAAUGUUUAGAAAGAAACAGAGUGCGUACUUGAAAAAACUGCGUGGAAUGAGCGGUCUUGGCGCAGUCGGCGUAGGCGUGCCAGGCGAAAGGGGAUCAACACCACAGCCCUUCAACUCAUACCUGGAUCCGUCAAUGGUCGAGUCGGACGCCGACAGAUCCUUCUCGCAGUCGAUGCUUCAAGCAACGCAGCAGAAGCUUCUACAGUCAAAUGAUGCGGCUAUAAUCCAACGCGAGCGAGAGAUCGAGGACAUUGCUCAGGGCAUCAUCGAGCUUGCCGACAUAUUCCGCGACUUGCAGAACAUGGUCAUCGACCAAGGGACCAUGCUAGACAGGAUAGACUACAAUGUCGAGCGGAUGGCCACCGACGUCAAGGGUGCCGAGAAAGAGCUUGUGAUCGCCGACGGAUAUCAGAAGAAAACCACCAAGCGGAAGAUUAUUCUACUUCUCCUCCUCAUUAUAGCAGGAAUGAUCAUCUUGUUGGUCAUUAAACCCAAGAAGCGCGGAGGCGACGAGUGA